AUGCCCGCCUAUCACUCCACCUUCCUCGGUGAGGAGAGCUCUGAAAGACAAGUCGGGAAUGUUGUCUUGUUGCCAAUUCAUACGCUGUAUCGUGGACCUUCUUACCCGCCCAGUUCGGAGUACGAUAUAAUUGAGGAAACACUCGAUUUGUUCAGAGCCAAUUCAUUCUUCAAAAACUUCGACAUUAAAGGCCCAGCUGAUAGAUUGCUCAUCUAUGGAAUUUUGUUUGUGAGCGAUUGCUUGUCGAAGUUAAACUCCAAAACGAGUCAACGAGAGGCUGUGAGAGUUUUAAACAACUUAGCACUUGACUCGUUCGCUUUACCGGGCGACAUUGGAUUCCCUUUGAAUGCCCUUUAUCAAGCGCCAGCGAACAAGAAUGACGCUGACUUGCUCCGCGGGUACUUGCAGCAAUUCCGUCAGGAAUUGGCGGAUCGUUUGUUAAAAAGAGUCUAUGCUAAUGAUGAAAGCAGUCCCAGCAAAUUUUGGUUAGCUUUCACCAGAAGAAGAUUUAUGAACAAGAGUUUGUAA